GAAAACCGAUAAGGCCACCACCAGUCACAGAUAGCCUUGCCUUGAUAAGAGAGGAUAACAAAUCAAGUAGACGGCAAGAGAGACACACAGAGGAAACAGAAUCAUGGCUACUUCAAUAUCAAUGAUAUCGUCAUCACCGCCACCUUGGAUGGCGUCGAGUCGAACAAGAAGUAAUGGCAGCGCAUCAGCUUCACUCUCUCUUAUUUCUGGUUCAAGAACGAAAAGGGAUUUUUCAAUGAAUGUGGCCACCAACUCUCCAACUCGCUCGGGGCUGCUUCAUUGCUCCUUCCUUUCUUCCUCUUCUCUCUCUUUACCUUCUUCCUUCUCAGGUUUAUCUCUGGGAUUGGAUUUGAAUUCUAACAUCGGAGUAAGAAAGGAUAUAGGUAGUGGUCUGGUGGUGAGAGCUGGGAAGGCUGCACUUUGUCAAACCAAGAGAAACAGGUCCAGAAAGUCUCUGGCUCGGACUCAUGGCUUCCGUCGAAGAAUGAGAACCACUAGUGGGAGGGCAGUGUUGAAACGUCGACGUGCUAAAGGAAGAAAGGUCCUUUGCACCAAGUCCAAUCCCAAUAGUGGGAAAGGUUCAUAAUCCUUAAUUCAGUUUCUAGGUAUAUGGAUCAUAUUUAGUUAUGUGUCCAUGUUGUUUUUGCUUACUUAAUCACAUUUGAAGCGUUUGUUUAAUGAUACCAUUUUAAUUCUUAAAGUGGAAAAGCCUUGGUGAUA